AUGGAGGUGGGUGGUGGAGAGAAGGAAGGCAGCUGGCUGACAGUGACCGGCGAUAUGGAUGGGAGACCGCGGUGGCGCGGCUUCUUCGCGAGCGCCUACGUCGUGGUGAAUCUGUCACUGGUUCAAGUGUCUUUGGCAAGAAGGCAAGGCCACAGGGCGAUAUGGAUGGGUGCGUCGGGGUGCUGUUAUUCAAGAAGGCAAGGCCACAGGGCUCUACCUCCUCUGCGACCCCGUCGCGAGGAAGUGAGCCGAGCUGCCGCGGGUGCCCGACGGGUACUGCAUGAACGGCGACUCGGAGUACGGCUUCUACUUCCACCAGCCGUUCGGCGAGUAAGUUCUGGCUCCUCUGCCGCACGCAGCCUCACCCGGCGCAUCUGGUACAUCGUCUGUCUUCACUGGCAGAGUAGGGAGAAGGGAAAGAGAGGAGGGAGAAGGGUGGUACUGCAUAAACCAGAGAUCCGAUCCUGCCAUGGGGGACGACGACGCGAGGGCCAAGAGGAUAAGGCCGGAGGAGGAACCCCGCCGCCAAGAACUGCCGCCCAACGGAGCCGAUCUGAUCAGCCCCUCCCCGACCAGGUCCUCGGGAACAUCAUCACCCUUCUCUCCACCAGGGAAGGCGCCCGCACGCAGGCCGUCUCCCGGCGCUGGCGGCCCCUCUGGCGCGCCACGCCCCUCAACCUUCAGGUGGACUACGGCCUCUGCUGGCGGUGGCAGGACGCCAAGGUCGACGUCCCGGCCACCACCAAGAUCCUCGCCGGCCACGCCGGGCCCGGCCGGCGCUUCGUGCUCCUCGGCCUCAACAUCCCCAACCGCGCCGACACCGUCGACGGCUGGCUGCGCUCGCGAGCCCUCACCGGCCUCCGGGAGAUAAGGUUAAGCUACUCAUCUGCGGGCGCGCUGCCGCCGUCCGCGUUACGGUUCGCGGCCACCCUCCGCGUGGCUAAAUUUGGCUAUUGCCACUUCCCCAACGAGGUCGCGACGUCGCUGAAAUUUCCCCACCUCAGGGAGCUUUCCCUGUUCGAGGUCACCGUAUCGGAGGAGGUCCUUCAUAGCCUGCUCUCUGGCUGCUACGUUCUGGAGAUCCUCUUGCUGGAGCGCAAUGCCGGCUUUGCCCGCCUGCGCAUUAGCUCGCCAACUCUGAGGAGCAUCGGCUUCAGUGGACCUUGGGAAGGAGAAGGCUCGGAGGCCACCAAGUUCCAGGAGCUGGUCGUCGAGGACGCUCCUCGCCUUGAGAGAUUGUUGCCACUUCACCCCGACCGGGGUCCGGCAACCGUCCGUGUGAUGAGCUAGGGCACCUAAACUCGAGAUAGUGGGAUUGCUUUCAGCUGCCAUCUCCAAACUCGAGUUUGGAACCACAGCUUUUCAGGAAAUGAUUGCCCUAAGCAUGGGAACCUCGAUGGAGACUGUAAAGGUUUUGGCCCUUGAGUCUUUGGGACCUAAUCUGGACUCAGUUGUCGACUUCCUCAAAUGUUUCCCCUGUGUGGAGAAACUAUAUAUCAAGUUUAACCGACUAGAGACUGAAAAACGUACGAACCUAUAAUCUACUAGAUCCGACCGAAUGCCUUGAGCUUCAUCUCAAAAAAGUGGUCGUCAACGAUUGUCGUGGCAUGGGACCAGAUGUUGACUUCAUCAAGUUCUUCGUUUUGAAUGCAAAGGUGCUAAAGGAAAUGUAUUUGGGAGUCGUCCCCAGCUGCAACGACAAGUGGAUGGCUAAUCAACGUAGACUACUUCAACUGGACAACAAAGCUUCACCAGGCGCUCGAUUUGCAUUUGACAAUCGUGCUGCAGGCGAUUCUCACCCCCAAAAUUUGGAACGAUGAUCCCUUUGAGUGGUUUGACCAGCAAAAUUUCCUUAGAUUUGCCAGAAUUUUGGAUUGAUCGGAAACUGGACCAACUAGCUUGUAAUAUUUUUGUAAUGCCGUAAGGGUGUGCAUGGCGGAUAGUGGGGAGCCAAAAUAAUGCUGGAGAAUUUGAUUGUUGUUCAUAUGAAAAACUUUUAAAACUGUUGGAACCGUUAGUUUUUUGGGUGUCAAAUAAGGAACUUUCUCUUAAAA